UCAUUCCUGAGAGCAGAAGAAGAGUGAGAGGCACUCACACAGUUUUAGACAUCACUACAGACUGACGCCGUACAACACAGGCUAACCAUCGAAUACUAAACAUAUUUAACUUGACAUGUUCAUAACAACAAUUCCACAAAGCCCAGCAAGGGACGGCGAGGAUCAACCGCGUGGCAAACUGUUAGCAUAACUUUUCUGUUAGCCAGACGCCGUGUGACGUCAGUCUGCUAGCUGUGGUUAGCCGACGUUAGCUGACCUUAGCUUUGCGCUAACCGACCUGUCGGCCGGCGCGGAGCCGCAGCAUGUCGGUGCACUUCGAGGAGCGCAGCGGCGUUGUCCCCUGCAAGACGCCGUGGGGCUCCUGGUACCAGACCAUGGAGGAGGUUUUCAUCGAAGUCAAUGUGCCCAAUGGGACGUCCGGUAAGGAAGUCAAGUGUCAUUUGGGAUCCAGGGACAUCGAACUGCAUGUCAAAGGGAAGGAAAUUUUCAAGGGAAAGUUGUUUGACACAACCAUGUCCGACGAGGCUACAUGGACACUAGAGGACAAGUGUCUCAUCCGGAUCAUUCUGAUGAAGACCAACAGAGAGGCAGGGAACUGCUGGUCCUCCCUGCUGGAGGGGGAGUACUGUGCCAAUGCCUGGGUCCAGGACCAGAUGCAGAGGAAGCUCACACUGGAGAGGUUCCAGCGGGAGAAUCCUGGAUUUGACUUCAGCGGUGCGGAGAUAUCGGGAAAUUUUGCUGGCGGUGGUCCAGACUUUUCCAGUUUACAGAAGUGAGCAGUCUGGUGAAGCCAAACACCUGCAACCUGCUGGAUACGCUACCUUUGUCUAACGAAUACAACUGAGGACCUCACAGCGCCAUCACAAAGAGUCACAAGACAGCGGACCAGACAGUGUAACUAGACUUUAAGGUUUAAAGAUAACAGAUUUCAUCGGGGCAAUUCGAGUUCUGUUUGGCAAGUCACAAUGCUCAUUACACAGGCAGAGCAAUGGUUGAUGGAAACAGUUGUAAAAAGCCUGUGUGUGACAUGGUGGUUUUAAAUAAUGAGAAGAAUGCAAAAGUAAUAGCUUUUCAAUAAAGUUUUAUUGAAAGGUACAAGAACAUAGA